AUGAAGACGAUGACAUCGAAAUCUAAAGGCGGGAACGACGAGCCCGAGAAGCCGAAAGCGCCGUCGGCUCCGAAGCCGUACGAGAGCACCUCCGCGGUCAUGCAGUCGCUGACGAUUUGCGGGUCGUACAAGGAGAAGACCGGAGAGAAGCUCUUGGAUGGGGAAAUAUUGGUUCAGGAAGCCGCGGAGAGGCUGUGGAACGCGCCGUUCGUGUGCGCGAGCCAUGACGCGUCGGACGUGUUCAACUACGGGAACAAAGCCGCGCUCGAGCUGUGGGGGCUCUCCUGGGACGACUUCGUCGGGAUGCCGUCCACGAAGUCAGCCUCGGACGAGGACGCGAUCCAAUCCGAACGCCGCGAGCUUUUGGAUAAGGCCGCCGCUUCCGGGGUCAUCAAGGACUACAGCGGCGUGAGGCAAGCGAGCGACGGGCGUCGCUUCCGCGUGACAGGGGCGACGGUGUGGACGAUCACGGACAGAGAAGGGAACAAGACUGGACAGGCGGUGCGGUUCGACACGUUCGCGUGGCUCGGCGAGAACGGCGAGGAGACGGAGAUGACCGUCGCAGACGGGGGGGAGCUCGUGGAGAAGUCAUCCGGGGCUGGGGACGGCGACGCCACCGCGGACGCCGCGCCGUCUGCGUCUGAUAUAGCGGCGGCGGCGGAAGCCGUGGAAGAAGCGGCCGCGAAGGUGCGUAAUCUAAAGGAAGGAGACGGAUUAACGAACGCCGAUCCAGAGGUUCAGGCGGCGGUGUCCGAGCUCCUCGCGAAGAAGAGCGCGCUCGCCGAACUCGAAGAGCGAGCGGCUGUUUAG